CUCGCCCCGACGGCCGGGCCCCGACGGCCAUAAAGCCCAUGGGGAGGCUGCGGCGGCGGCCGCGCUGAGCCAGGCCAGGGCGCCCCUGGGUGCCCCCUCCCGAGCAAGAUGACGUCGGCCACGAAGGUGUACUACAGCCAGACCACCCAGACCGACAGCCGCCCCCUCAUCGGCUCGGGCCUGCGCAAGCGCCGGGUGAUGACCAAGGAUGGCCGGAGCAACGUGCGGAUGGAGCACAUUGCUGACAAGCGCUUCCUGUACCUCAAGGACCUGUGGACGACCUUCAUCGACAUGCAGUGGCGGUACAAGCUGGUGCUCUUCUCUGCCACCUUUGCUGGCACCUGGUUUGCCUUUGGUGUCAUCUGGUACCUGGUGGCCGUGAUGCACGGGGACCUGCUGGAGUUUGACCCGCCGGCCAACCACACGCCGUGCGUCAUGCAGGUGCACACGCUCACCGGCGCCUUCCUCUUCUCCCUCGAGUCCCAGACCACCAUUGGCUAUGGCUUCCGCUACAUCAGCGAGGAGUGUCCGCUCGCUAUCGUCCUGCUCAUCACCCAGCUGGUCCUCACCACCAUCAUGGAGAUCUUCAUCACCGGCACCUUCCUGGCCAAGAUCGCCCGGCCCAAGAAGCGAGCGGAGACCAUCAAGUUCAGCCAAAACGCCGUGGUGGCCCAGCACAACGGCAAGACCUGCCUCAUGAUCCGCGUGGCCAACAUGCGCAAGAGCCUCCUCAUCGGCUGCCAGGUGACAGGCAAACUUCUCCAGACCCACCUCACCAAGGAGGGUGAGAGCGUCCGGCUCAACCAGGUCAACGUGGACUUCCAGGUGGACACGUCCUCUGACAGCCCCUUCCUCAUCCUGCCCCUCACCUUCUACCACGUGGUGGACGACGCCAGCCCCUUCCGGGACAUGGCCUUGCGGACGGGCGAAGGCGACUUCGAGCUCGUGGUGAUCCUCAGCGGCACCGUGGAGUCCACCAGCGCCACGUGCCAGGUGCGCACGUCCUACCUGCCCGAGGAGAUCCUCUGGGGCUACGAGUUCACGCCAGCCAUCUCCCUCUCGGCCAGCGGCAAGUACGUAGCCGACUUCAGCCUCUUCGACCAGGUGGUGAAGGUGUCGGCGCCCUGCUGCGUCCAUGAGACUGUCCGGUUCGGGGAUCCCGAGAAGGUCAAGCUGGAGGAGUCCUUCCGGGAGGCGGAGGAGCGGGAGGGAGCGCCGCUGAGCGUCCGCAUCAGCAACGUCUGAGCCGCCGGCGCCCGCAGACGUCGCCGGCUCUUCCCCCCGCCCCGUUCUGGCUCUCACCAUCCUCCCAGGUCUUUCCCCUUCCUUAUCGCACAGGGCAGCUCCCUCGGGCCCCGGGCUGCUGGGGAGCCCCAUGGGCGCUCGCUCAACGGUGGGACGGGCAUCCUCUGCUCCAGCUUGGCCAAGGACAGGUCUGUCCUCGUCCCCUCCCACCUAAUGCUCUGCCAAUGCCAGCUAGAAAGGUCCCCAGGUGCUGGCCAUGGCCAUGGGGAUGGCGGGCACAAUCCUGCUGGGAGACGCUGGCCCCUGGGGGGACGCGGACACCUCCGGCCACCUUGGGACGCCCGCGGUCACGGUUCCCGGUCAUCGGUCUCUGCUGACUCGGAGCAACCUCGUUCCUCGGAGGAAGGUCCAGGAUCCCCUGGCCGGGAAGCGCCGAGACCCGACGCGCUCGUCGCGGAGCGGGAGUGGGCCGCGCCGCGAGGGGACGCGGCGGCGCGGCGCCCCGCGGGAGGGGACGGGGCCCCGCGGCCCUCAAGCAACCCCGCUGCUGCUAACGUAGAGCCUCUGCCUAUUAACGCGUCCUUACCCCCGGGUGGGGGGAAAAACCACCGCCGCUCUGGGGCUGGGCUGUAGGGCCUGUUAAUCCCUCGCUGCACUGAGUCCAGGUUACAUAUACAUAUAUAUAUAUAUAUAGUUCCACUAAUAUAUAUAUAUACACACAUACAUUAUAUAUAUAUAUAUAUAUAAAUUGGGAAGAAACGUUUUACCCACUGGAAAGACUCGCUCACUAAAUGCCCUGCUUCUGCCAGGGGCACGUCGUGGGUUUGGGGGAUUUUUUUUCUUUUUUUUCUCCUCCUGCAUUUUGGGGAGGGAGAAAAAACAAAAAGAAAUUGCUAAAUAAAAGUUAUC